CUCAGUGAGAUGGUCCUCUGUUGAGUAUUACUCGGCUCACUCUCCAACAUGGCUGCUCUUCUCAGCGCUCUUCUCAUCUUUACUGGACUCUCAGGACUUCAGAGCACAACUACAGUCAGUAAAGUGUCAGUGAAGGCUGGAGGCUCCAUCUCAGUCCCAUGUCUCUACGAGGCCGAGUACACAAACCAUGUGAAAUACUUGUGUAAAGGAUACGAGUGGAUUUCCUGCUCCUACGCAGUUAAAAGUAAAACAACAGACAGUUCAGGGAGGUUUUCAAUCUCUGAUGACAAACAGAGAAGAAUCUUCACUGUGACUAUCACUGCCCAAACUCCUCAAAGCUUGUUAUUUCUGGUGUGCUGUGGAGAUAAAUAACUGGGGAGAUGUCAAGGCUUAUUUUCAGCUUUCAGUUACCAAAUGUAAGAAACCUUAAAUCAUUUUUUUUUUU